UGAACGCUGAAUCUUAGUGCGGGCUGUCUAAGUUUUGGCUCCACGAUGGAACAGAUCGGUGAGCACUCAACCAGCAUUUAUCAUGAUACUGUUUCUAUUGGUGGGGGUUCCUCCUUCCCACAACUACCUCCUCAGACCCGAGGUUGGUCAGAUGCUAGUGAUCCAAGUUCAGAAUCAUUGGUCGUUGAAAUUUCUGGAGCAAUGUGCGAUAAAGAUCGUAUAAUCUUCAAAAUUCAUACAAAGACCACACUACCUGAUUUCAAACAAAAUGAAUGCGAUGUACAACGAAUGCAUGAAGAAUUUGUAUGGUUACAUGAUCAUCUGGUUGAAAAUGAUGCAUAUGCAGGUUUAAUUGUCCCACCAGUUCCGCCCAAACCAGAUUUCGAUGCAUCUCGAGCUAAAUUACAAAAAUUAGGAGAAAAUGACGGUAAUCUACCUAAAGAAGAUUUAUUGAAAAUGAAAGCUGAACUAGAAGCUGAAUACUUAGCUACUUUUAAAAAAACAGUUGCAAUGCAUGAAGUCUUUCUACAACGAUUGGCUUCUCAUCCAACAUUUAAACAUGAUCAUGGUUUUCGUGUUUUCUUAGAAUUUGAAGAAGAGUUGAAUGUACGAAAUAAGACACGAAAAGAGAAGGCAGCUGAUUUUUUCAAAUCUGUAUCAAAGUCAGCUGAUGAAACAAUUUGGUUAAAUAAUCAAAAGGAUAAUGAUGUAUUCUUUCGUGAAGAGAAAUGUAUCCUAGCUGGUUAUCAUUCUGCUGUAAAAGACGCGACAAUUGCCUCUGAUUUAGCCUCAAAAUGUCGUAAAACAAAUGCAAACACCCUGUUACGAAUUGAAUUAGCCUUGUCUAAUCUAAUACCGAAAGAGUGUAAUGUGACUCCAGAAACAGACUUAACAACUUUACUGACUAAUUUCUUUGAAAAUUAUCAGAAAAUCCUAGUUCGUUUAAGUUCAGAUGAAGAUUUGAAGUUAUCUGACACCCUGCGUUAUUAUGCAAUCGAUACAGGUGCUGCACGUGCAUUGCUAUAUCGUCGAUGUCGUGCUCUAGCAGACUAUGAAGCUGCUAAUCGUAAUCUUGAUAAAGCACGUGCACGUAUGAAAGAUGUUCAAGCGGCAGAAGAUGCACAGACUGCAGCCAAUGAACGAUUUAAAUCUAUAUCGGAAUCAGCUAAGCUAGAAUUAGAAGAUUUCAAAGUUCGUCGAAUUAAAUAUUUUCAUAAGAAUUUAGCUGAUCUUGCUGAACUAGAAGUUAAACACGCCAAGUCACAAAUUGAGUUAAUUAAAUCCACACUCAUACGAUUAAAGUCAAUCACUCCACAAGUGUCAAAAUCACCAAACACUACAGUACAGUCGGUGACUCGUUCACACAGUAGCAGCAAUAAUUCAACAACUUCUACCACUAUGAAUAAUAAUAAUAAUAACAAUAUAACAUAUCCUUCAAAUACUUCACCUGAUUCCAAUUAUCCUACAGCUGAUUAAUUAAAAAAAAAAUUUUUUUUUUUGAGAAUGUGUUCAUCUCAGUCAAUUACCUUACCUCUCUCUCUCUCUGUCUCACUAUCCUUUUGUGUAUCUCAUCUCAGUUGCGUGAAAAGCCAACAUCCAAUCAACAACAGCCUUAUCUCAGUGAUAUAUCAGUAAUCAAAAAAAAAGCAAAAACAAAAAACAACUUUAGUUGUUCUUCACAUAUAUGAAUAUUUUCUAUGGCCUUAUGGAGUAAUCGUCUGAUUUUAUCUCUUUUGCUUUGCAUAUCUACACUCACUCUACACAAGCGCAUCUAUCUAUCUCCUAUCUAUUUGUGUUCUAUUCACGUGUUUAAGUGCUUACCUUCUCGAUUUUCUCACUAUAUAUAUAUAUAUAUAUAUAUAUAUAUAUAUAUAUAUAUAUAUAUAUAUAUAUAUAUGUGCAUGUGACUGUGUAUUGAGUUAGGUAUCAAUUAUUCAAGGUGUCAAGCUUAAUUGCCGGUAGGGUGGAGGGGGGGUAAUAGUGGCAUUACAACGGUGAUGGGUUGAAGGUGUGUGUGUGUGUGGAUGGAUCAGCAGUACGCUUUAAUUUAAAUUUCGACCACAUUUUUAUUUCUACAAGAAAUUAAUUUUGCACAUUAUUUUUAAAACAAAACUUUUUGUGAUCUCUAUUCCCCGAUGAAAAAAAAUAAGAAUAACAUAAGUUUGUUUAUUACUGUGAUCAAAAUUAUUGACACUUUGACUUUAUAACUUGACUCAUCUUAACAGAUUGAAGAAGAUAUAUAAAGACAAAACCUACAAUCUAAUUGAUUCUUUCUCACUCUCUUUUUUCUUUUGUUAUCUUUUUCAUUUUAUUUGAUUUUUUUUAACCUGGUGUUUUUGUGGUUUUGCCAACCUAAGGAGCGUGUGUGUAUGUGUGCAUGUGAAGGAAUGAUGGGUGGGGUUUUUUAUUUCUUGCAUAUUUAUAUCUGUUUGUGAGUGUGUGUGUGUUUGUACAUUGAUUUGCUAUGUGAAUAAAUUAAUUAUUUUAUGUAUUCU